CUCUCUCAACGUUUGACAUCAGCUGUUCAGCCUACACAUCAGCAGCAGCAUCCUGCUGGGAGCCUCUCAGCCAAGCGCCAAAUCGCAGCACCAUGAUCCUCUUAUUAAUCAUCGCGGGUAUCGGAGUGGUGACGCUGCUGGUGGUUCUAUUCGCUCCACACAUCCGAAGAUAUGCUGCUGGAAGAAAGUGCAAAUCCACAGCUCGGCUGGAUGGGAAGACGGUUCUGAUCACUGGAGCAAACACAGGGAUUGGGAAGGAGACCGCACUGGACCUGGCAAUGCGAGGUGCCCAAGUGAUAAUGGCAUGCCGAGACGUGGAAAAGGGCGAGGAGGCCGCUGCGAGCAUACGAGCUGCGUACUCCAAAGCACAAGUGGAAGUUCGAGAGCUGGACUUGGCUGAUAGCUGCUCCAUACGAGCAUUUGCACAGAAAUUCCUGAGAGAGGUCGACCGUCUUCACAUCCUGAUCAACAAUGCUGGAGUGAUGAUGUGCCCCUAUAUGAAAACUAUUGAUGGCUUUGAGAUGCACAUUGGAGUCAAUCAUUUAGGCCACUUCCUGUUGACAUACCUCCUAAUAGGGCUGCUGAAGCGCAGCGCACCAGCCCGCAUUGUGGUGGUCUCCUCUCUGGCACAUAACUUUGGCUGGAUCCGUUUCCAUGACCUUCAUAGCCAGGGCAGCUACAAUAGCGGUCUAGCUUACUGCCAGAGCAAACUGGCAAAUGUGCUCUUUGCCAGAGAACUUUCCCGCAGACUAAAAGGAACCAACGUGACGGUGAACUCGGUCCACCCGGGGACAGUAAACUCAGACCUGACAAGACACUCGACCCUAAUGAUGAUUCUGUUCACCAUCUUCUCCACGUUCCUGAAAACUCCUAAAGAAGGAGCACAAACCAGCGUCUACUGUGCUGUGGCAGAGGAACUGCAAUCAGUUUCAGGGCAACACUUCAGCGACUGCACUCCUGCCUUUGUAGCUCCUCAGGGGAGGAGUGUGGAGACGGCGAGGAGACUGUGGGAUGCUAGCUGUGAGCAGCUCGGUCUCGAGUGGGACUGAUAAAUCCAUCAGCAGUUUCUAUUUUCCUAACAUUUCCGUUCUCAACCCUUUCAUUUUGCUUUGGACGUUCCGUACUUUGAACAUUUCUUAUGUGAUAAGAAUCAGGUACAUUCUGUUUGUGGUAAAACAAUGUGAAGGUUUUCAUUUGUAAAAUAAUUCUAAUCUAAUUAUUUGGGUAAUUUGGUGCUCUGCAACACUUCCUCAAGCCAGGACAGUCCCGUUGUAGGAUUACAUCAACUCAAGACACAUUUAUGACUUUAUUUUGUGACGUAAUGUGAAUACAGUGUAGGCAAAAAAGAAAAUGCAACCUAAUAUGUUGCAAACCAGCAUCAUUUUUCCACAUAUAUCCUGUUUUCUCUCAAUAUAGCACUUAUAUUGCUAGUUUGUUGCCAGCAUUUCUAAGAUAGAUGGUAGUUUUAAGGGUUUUAAAAAUCCAUUAGAUUAUUAACUAGCAAAUGAGCCACAUUUAAAAAUGACCUUAUAUAUAAAUGUAUUUUGUGAUAAGUGCAAUAGCCAUUGUAAAAGAUAAAAUUACAAUGUCUCCCUAUUUUAUCAGAACUAGUCAUGAUACUGCAGAAACCUUAAUUCCCAUUUGUGUUGGAACAAUCUAGAAAUCUGGUUUUCCAUUUUUAACUUUCUUUUCCUUUCCAGGAUUCAUGAACAGCUGCCAAGAGUUUACAUUGUGAGUUUUAUACAAGUCAGACAUGCCUUUUACUCAACUUAAAUUCAUGUUAAGAGUUGAAUGUUUACAUUUUACGUAAAUAAACCGAAUAAUCACAA